AUGUCUACUUCUAGUAACACGUCUCGUUCUAGCAACGUGUCGACUUCCAGCAUUCCCCCGAAUUACAGCCACAUCCUGUUUCACCCAUUGAAUGAGUCUGGGAAGACCCCAGACCGCCAUUCGUGGGGCGAUGCUGAGGAACAAAUCAACGACGACGUGAGUAUGGGCACUGGUAGCCCAGAAUCUCCAAUAUCUAGGCGGGAGUGGGUACAUGCCAUUGAACAUCUUGGAAGUGGCAGUGUCUGCGUUGCAAAAAUCGAGUGUACGCUUGAAGGUGACAUAGAGCGCAACGCAGCACGACAUUCAGCCUCGCAGCUGAAGUUUGAUUUAGACUUCGAGUACGACGAGUUCGAGCUUGUCGUUCGGCUCUCGGAGCAGCGGAAACGCCGCGCUGACCAGUAUGCUGGCAUAAUGGAUCAGAUGGAUGAGAUUGAGAAGAAACUCAAGGCGACGAAGGCGCUACGCGAGGAAGCAACCGGCAAUCCACUGUGUUUUCGCCAUGCUUACUGCCAAUCAGAGGGCGAUUCUGUGGAGAAGUGGAACGACCGCUUGAAAGACUUUAAUGAGACGAUUCAGGUGUGUCUAGAUGAGCGCCAGGUCUUACAGAACAAGCUCGAUUGUUACAAGGCCUUAGACACUGAGGUCGCCCAGUUAGCGCUGGAUCUAAUCAAACUGAACUCUGAGUAG